GAGUUCGACGAAACUGCAGCAUCUCUUGGUGCCUUGCUGCAAAGUGGGGAGUCGCUACAGGGCGGUGCUGAGACAGGACUGUGGAACGAAGGGCACACGAGCAACUUCAACCGCAAGAAUGAGUAUGGCGACUGUCUAAAUGAGUUGAUAUCUGUUAGGUCUAAAUGCAAUGCGCUCUUGUUCCAACAGGAAGGGGGCAGGAGAAAGCGUCGAAGUGUGCGCACUAAAGGC